UUGUGAAAAACGGAGUUUAAAUGUAUUUGACUAAGGUGUAUGUAAACUUCCGACUUCAACUGUAUUUAUAUAUUGUGGAUAAAGGUACAGUAGCAUAUCCCAUUCAUGCAUUAAGGUAAGUUUUCCAAGCCCAGUGCAGCUCACUGAACAAGUGUAACGGUAGGGUAUUUUCUAGCAACCAUCCGAUGAACUAUACUUUCGCGACACUGUUCGAUCACGCUAGAUAACUAAUAGGUGGCCGCGUCUGUCUUCUGUACACCAGCGCUGUAAUAUGGCAGUAUGGGAACACUGACCCUUUAAAGGUGUGUAGUAUUUGAACCUUUUAGUUUUUUUGAAAAUGAAUUCUUGCUGAUAUGAAAGAUGGCUACUUUCCUUGUGUUUCCAAACUUUUACUGCAAGCGAUGCAUGUUAAUAUUAAGAACGAGCGUCUGGGCUUUUAACCAAACUCCGCCGGCAAGAAGAUACUAAGUUUAGUAGAGGCGCUAAAGGUAGUUAGCGUCAAUGAAUGGCUUAACCAGGCAGCUAAUUUAUACACAUUGCAGUGAUCAAAAUCACUGCCUUGUAACGGUUAACGCUAGGUAAAAUAGUUUAUUUUGCAAUUGGAACCUGCCAUCUUCAUAAAAAUCGUUUUUAUUAAAUAACCUGUUUUAAAUAGGCAAACUGGUGUCAACAACAUUUACAGAUAGUAUCUACUAGCUAGCUAAUUUGCUAAUUUUUCAUGCGAUCCAACACCACCUUUGGCCAAAUAUCAUAGACGUUGGUUUAUUUUUCAUAAACKAGCCAAUGCAGUUGCUUUUGGCUGGUUUAUGAAGAAAUAAACGAAUGUAUUUUUUUUGUGUUGGAUUUGUAAAUUAGCAGACACUUGUGUUUUCAAGUCUCAGCUAGUUUUGUGUGAGAGCCAAAGCUCAGCUUUUGCUUCUGGCUUGUUUUAGCUGCAGUCUUUAAGCCGGUGUAGACCAGUUUGUCUGCCUGACUCAUUAGACUUUAACUAGCAGGUUAGCUGCUGUGUCCUAUAUAAAGACAUCCCAUUUAAAUAAGUAAAAAAGUAGGCCUAUAUUUGACCUCAAUCGGGUGUAACCUUUUCUAUGGAGAUUAAUAACAUGCAAUUGAGGUACAACAUGCUACCACAUUUAAAUUCACACAGAAUAUUAUGUUUUUCUAUGUUUACAAAUGUAUGUGAAUGUGUUACAUGAAAUGUGUAAAACAAGCAAGAAGCUUUGUUUACAAGAUUGUUGUGGGAGUUUGUUUUUAGUGGCGACUGCAACACAUUUAGAUUACCUUAAUCUCAUUAUAACAUUCCGUCACAACCACUGCCUUGUCUAUUUAAGAUUGUGCUGACUUUCUAAGCCUGAAAGAGCCGCAAGCCGUGGCAGUCUAUAUACAUUACGCAACCUUGAGUACUUAAUAAAGCAUUGCAUGCAGUGGAUGAUGUACUCAUUGUUAACUUAGCCAAUUCAGGGUGAGGGUCCAUUGUAUUAAUUUAUGUUCAGUGUCAAAGAAACAAGGCAGUAUGUGGAUUCAUUAUGAUGAUUUAAUGUGUGUUGAACCAAUUAAUGACACUAAAACAUUCUAAAUAGGGAACGAUGGGGAUGAUAUAUAAUAUUGCGAGUAGUUUGCCAGCUCCCUUAAUUUGGUGAGGAAAAGGCUCCAUUUUAGGCCUAAGGGUUUUGGUUAAUCCUAAAAACCGUACCAAAUGUUUGAAACUUGCCUUGUAUUUUGCUUUUUAAAAAGCAGAUUUUAUAGAAAAGUCCCACACUGUAACCUGCCCUAUAUGCUCCCAAUGAUUUCAAUUGGUAAACCUAACAAAAAACAUUGAUUUUUCAGGACAGUCUGGGGAGACUGGACUUUGCAUUGGGCCUUUUACUCUGUGAGGUCCUCCAUUGACCCAGAUAUACAGAGUGGCAUGAAAGCUUUAGAUGCCUCUGAAGAUACAGCACACAGGCAGUCCCCAUGCUGGACGGGCAGUUUUCCGCUAUGGCAACUCCAGAUCAUUAAUACAAUUAUAUUUCUGUUGCGCUCCAGCUUCGUUUUGAGCAAAACGUUGGUUGGAGAAGUAGGUUAUAGAAAGCAAGCAACCAUUUUCCCUUCGGUUAAACGAGGUCAGGAAAAGCACUUUUUGAAGCAUUUCCUAUGCAAAUGAGCGGAGUCAUGAAGUACGAUGGGCUCAUAAAAGCCCAUUGAUUUAUGUAACAGAAUAUUAAUACAGAUGACUCUCAGAUAAAUCUUUAUUGCUAGUAGCAUUUAUUUCCCUGUCUGCCCCGGAAAGUGUGUUCAGGAUUCAUGUUGUUGGUUUGCUCUUUUGAUUGUGUGCCCAUUUUCUGGGCGACCAUUUUAUGUCAGCAUAAUUGGUCACUGGGUAGGCUAAAUGCUGCAUACAAACAACUGUAAUGACUAUGAUCACUAUUUCUCACCUGUUGCAGGACAUUUUGUGUURGUGUUUAUAUUUUGCAGUCACAUGCCUAUCACACCUGCUUUUGAAACAUCCUAUUUGUCCCCAGCUAACAUUCACACAUAAUAGAAACCUAGUUUACACUGAGUAGGUGGCCUGUGGAGCAUGACCCUAUGUAGUUAGAAAACUGUAGCACAUUAACUUGACAACCAUUCCAUGCAGUCAGGCUUCUGUCUUUUUGCUAUGCUAGGCCAGUUAGGACUACAUGUAGCCUACAGUACUGGUGAGUCACACUGAUUUCAGGAGUGGUAUACUGGAGCGGACUUCUUGGUCAGGUCUCUUUCCAAAAUGUUUUAUUAUUAUUCUUUUUUUUUUUUUGAUGGAACUUGCUGGUAGGUUACUAAGUUUGAUACAAGCUAGAGAAACUCGUUUUAGUUAUGAUUUUCGUUCAGGCCUAUGUGAAGUCACUAUCUGCAUUUACUUGGGUUUGUUUUGUACAGCCUUUGCUAUGAAGGUGACCUUUUUGUUAUGGUUAAAAGGAUCCUGCCACCCUUAGCUAAAAGGUCACAUGAUUUUUAGAGCCAGAGGCAGCUGUGCCUCCAACCCCAAUCCACAAGUUUGACUUUGGACAUGUAAAUGGGUACAUGCUGUUUCUGGUCUUCAGGGGGCCAACUAUUCAGAAAAUGUCCACCUACCACCACACAUUGUUGUCCUACUAUGCAAAGAUACAAUAAAGGAAGAGGGUGUGGCUCAGGCGUUGUCCGAACAUGGUGGUCUUUGUUCAAGCAGCGCUACAUAGGGAUCCCUGAGUUUGUUCUGAAGAAUUUCUCAUCACUGAUCUCUUGGGUUGUUUAUUCAAGUGUGCCUGGAUUUUGAAGGUAUGCCACGGUUUUGUUCUCCUGUGUUGCUUUAAGAUUGUUCCGUGGGCUUCGGUAGAAAUAACACUACAGGGGGCUGACUCUACAGAGUGCGCCUCGGGCCGUGCAAAUGUUAUUCCUCUGUUGCUCCUCCUGGGUAUUAAAUCCUGUACAGAAUGUCCUCCACGUCAGAUCAGGUGUUUCGUUUAAUAACUAAGCCCUGCACUUCUCAACACAAUGACAAACUGACAGAGAAUGUAAUCGAUUUACAGACACAGUUUUGAAUCAUAUCUGACAUUUAAAUUUUCGUCCAUCUGCUUUGCCCACUCGUGCGAUGAAUAACCAAAAGAAAACAUAUUUUCACUUGCCCUUCAUGAAAUGUAUAUGUUUUUAUUAGUGGCUUUUGAUUUAAUGCAAGUCAUUCAACUUGUCUAUAUCUGCAAUGGGUCUGAGUAUCAAGGACUCUAAAAAGCCAUUUGGCAUGAACUAUUUUGGUUAAUUAUGAUACUCAAACCCCUACUCUUUUCAUGUUCCUUCUCUCAUUCAUGUGUUUUAUUAACCUUUUGUUUCUUUCUUUUUUGCCUGCUUGCCUUUUCCAUCGCAUUUUACUUUCACCUCCAUAAAAUUGUCGGAUUUGCUAAAAACCAAUCUGAACCCAAAUCAAUGUAAACCACCCCUCCCCCACAAUGGCCUGUUCAGCUGGUUUUGUCAAGUCGCCCCUGUCCCAGAUGAAACUGAUAGAGGACAUUGCAGAGCUGCACUGUGAGGUGACAGGGAACCCCAUCCCAGAGGUGCAGUGGUGGUUCAUAGAGGGCGAGGAGCCUGACGAGACCAUGACCCAGCUGUUCGAUGGGGCUCGGCAAGACCGUGUCGGGAUCAACGCCACCUACAUCCUGCACGCCACCAGCUCCAUUCACCUCUUAAACCUCACGCUCAAUGACUCCGGCACGUACGAGUGCCGCGCUUCCAACGACCCCGACCGCAACGAGCUGAAGAAGGCACCCAAAAUCAAGUGGAUCCGCUCGCAGGCUAACGUUAUAGUGUUUGAAUGUGAGUGUUGGGAGGUCCUACGUACAGCCAGGCAGCGUCUCCCUGUAGAGGACAGCGAGGGGUCCAGCUCCUGUCCCACACCUUCUCCUGCCCUCUGCCCUGUUUGACCCAGACUCCCCUACUCUCCCCUCACUGAGCUCCCAUGAUGUCCAGUAGUGGAAAGCAAACCUGACCACAAGGCGUGGCCGGGCCUCUCCUUAGACGUGUCCUACCUGCCGUAGCACUACCCUCAAUCUGAUGCCUUUUUUUUACUGGGCCUAUGUCAAAGCCUUACUUUAAAUGAAUUAGGAAAAUAUUUCACAUAAUAUUGAUAAUACUGGUCAUAAGGUCUGAAACCUCCAAAUGGCCACAUCUAAUUUUUGAAUCAUAAAAUGUUCAUUUUGUUUAUAAAAGGGUCAGAUUAUGGGUUGGUUAGCUUCUUGUUGGCUUCCAUUUUGUCUAUUUUGCUGUCUUGUCCAAGGUAUAGAAUGUGUAAUUGAUACUAACAUUGACACUGUCCUGUGGUGUUUACACUCUUUAGACCUGUUAGACCUGACUAGGCUCUUUAGGAGUACUAAAUUAUCUACAGGAGAUAGCAACCCAGCUUUCUGAUUCUCAGCCAUAGGGCAUCUUUCCAGUAUUUAUUGACAGUAUUUGUUUUCUCUACCUGAACCAAACCAAAAGAUCCUCUUAUUUGUUCCUCUUCUCUGUUAGUGGAACACCAACCUACCAUACCUUGCCGGUUGCUUCUUCUGCAUGUGUUGAUUACAAGCACCUGUCCUCAUGGUCUCCUAGAUUAACUUCCCUGUGUAACCCCUCUUCUCUUGAACUCUUGGUUCAGCCAGAGCUCUCCAUUUUUAGGUGCCUGCCCAUGUGAUCCGCCUCUUCUUGGAAAGCUCUGCGCUGCCUUUUAUAUUGUGCUGUUCUUGGCUUGAAAUUUGAUUAUGAAAGUAAUAACAUUUGACAAGCUAAGCUAGACCUUAUCAGUUGUCACUGAAGUUUAGGAUAAAGGAUAGUAAAGCAAAGUCAAUCCCUGAACAGUCAAGGUUUGUGCUGCAACAUGUUGGUAUCAAGAGCCAUUUAUCCUGUAAACCCUAUACAUGCAUACCUUUUAAGUUUGGAUUAAAUCCACUACUUAGAUAUAACAUUUUAUUUUGUGUGUUUAGUUACCCUAAACUAUUUUAGCAAUAUCCUGUACGUGAAAAGACAUGCAAGAAUUAGUUACGCUUGGCUUGUCGUCAUGGUAACGUUACUACGGUAAUGAUCCUACUAGAAGUGGUCGUGUCAAAGGAUGGCUUAUUAAUAUGUUGACUUUGU